ACGAGUUGGCAGGUUCAAUCGCUCUGCUGGUUCGGAGCGCAUCAAAUUAAAAUCAAUUAAAUUCAAUCAAAGCGCCCAUAUUGAAGCCGCAACUACAGUUCUGGACAGCAGAGAAUCUUCCCGAUAAGGCCGCAGAUAAGAUAAAGCCCUCAACUCCCCCCACAGGUGACAAAAAGACGACAGAAUGUGGCGAACGCUCAGCGGAGUCGCACGAACAGGAAGCCAUUUGAACUUCUCCAGGAUGCGUGGACUUUCGGCUUUAAUCCAGGAUAAGGCCUUGGUGGAUGGCAACUGGGUGGAUUCGAGCAACUCGAAGGAAACCUUUGAGGUCCGGAAUCCCGUGAAUGGAGCGGUGAUUGGAAAGGUUCCCAACAUGACGGUGGCCGAUGCCCAGAAGGCCAUAGACGCCGCCAAACAGGCCUACGAGUCCAAGGAGUGGCGAUCCUUGACGGCCAAAGAUCGCUCCAAUCUGCUGAAGAGGUGGCACAAACUGAUCGAGGAGAACUCGCAGGAGAUUGCGGAGAUAAUGACGGCGGAGUCCGGGAAGCCGAUCAACGAAUCCAAGGGAGAGGUGGCCUACGGCAAUGCCUUCGUCGAGUGGUUCGCCGAGGAGGCGCGUCGCGUCUACGGAGAGAUUGUGCCCAGUGCUGCUCCGAACAGGGAGAUCAUAGUGAUGAAGCAGCCCAUCGGAGUGGCGGCCUUAAUUACGCCCUGGAAUUUCCCGAUGGCCAUGAUAACGCGAAAGGCAGGAGCUGCUUUGGCAGCGGGAUGUACAGUGGUGGUGAAGCCCUCGGAGGACACUCCUUUAACCGCUUUGGCGGUGGCCAAGCUGGCCGUGGAUGCAGGCAUUCCGAAAGGAGUGAUUAAUGUAGUUACCACCAAUAAGGCGGCUCCCAUUGGCGAUCUCUUCUGCAAGAGUCCCGAUGUGAGGGGCAUUUCCUUCACUGGAUCCACUGAAGUGGGAAAACUGCUGUUCCGCAACUCCGCCGAUGGCAUCAAGAGGAUCUGCCUCGAACUGGGCGGCAAUGCUCCGUUCAUAGUCUUUGAUUCGGCCAAUAUUGAGAAAGCGGUGGAUGGAGCCAUGGCCUCCAAGUUCCGGAACUGCGGACAGACCUGCGUUUCGGCCAACAGAUUCUUUGUCCAAGACAGCGUCUACGAUAAGUUUGUCGGACAGCUGAAGAAACGCGUGGAGGCCUUGAAGAUUGGCGAUGGCCAGGGAUGCGAUGUGCAAAUCGGACCUCUGAUCAACGAAAUGCAGUUCAAGAAAGUCAGUGGCUUUGUGGAGGAUGCGAGGGCCAAGAAGGCGAACAUUAUCCUGGGUGGCAAGCCCUUGAAAGAGCACGGUGCCCUUUUCUACGCCCCCACAAUCGUAACUGAUGUGCCGCCCUCCGCUCAAUUUUAUUCAGAGGAGGUCUUCGGCCCGGUGGUCUCCAUCAUCCGUUUCUCCGACGAAGAGGAGGCGGUGAAGAAGGCCAACGAUACCAGGAGAGGCCUAGCCGGCUACUUCUACAGCGAGAACCUGCAGCAGGUGUUCCGGGUGGCCAAGCGACUGGAGGUGGGCAUGGUCGGCGUCAACGAGGGCAUCAUCUCGGCGGCAGAGGCGCCUUUCGGCGGCGUCAAGGAGUCGGGAGUCGGACGUGAGGGCUCCAAGCACGGCAUCGACGACUACGUGGACAUCAAGUACAUCUGCAUGGGCAACCUCAAGUACGACUGAAGUCCAGCGGAGGAGUCCCUUCUUCCACUGCUUUCAUUUGCUGUCUUCCACUAGAAUGCGAUUUGUUAAUUGUUUAUAAUUGUUGUAGAGCAACACGCCGCUAUUUUAAUAAAUGUGCACAAAACUAAA